AUGUGGUAUUUAAGAGAUCAAAUUACUUCAGCACAAAUGGAAUCUGAAUUGAAUAUGCUAGCAUUAGAAACGGAAAAGUUGAGGGGAAGAAGGGCUGUUCACCAAGUAGCCAAACAGGGAUGUUAUGCAUAUUCUAAUAUAGAAUUUGGACCAACGGAGCAAGUGCGGAAGACUCUUGAACGUCAAAAUUUUCCACCUAAUGUUUACAAGAGAAGAGAACCAACCGGUAUGAAACUUAGAGAAAUAAACCCAGUGAAUUAUGAUGAAAAUCAUAAAGAUGAUGAUACAUUUGCUUAUAAAUAUGAAGAUAAAUUCUCUAUGGACAAGGGAGAUAAUGACAAGGUUCAUAACGGCCACAUUAGCAGUGAUGAUGAUAAUCACUUCAUAGAACGUAUAGAACAUCAAUAA